CUGGUAGCUUUAUUUUGUAGGGUGGAGCUUGUAAAAGGCUAGUCGACCAGCAACUAGCGCUCUUGCCGUGCACUCUGCAUCAACUCUUCGAAUUGUUGAGCAUAUUGUGGGUUGUUUGAGGCAAAGAUUUCAUUCGUGUUGAACCUUUUGCUGAAAAUGACAUCGUGCUACCUGCUAGUGGCUCUGGUGUGGGUGGCAACGGGCGCCUUUACAGAUGCACUGACAUCACAUUCCAAAGUUCAGGCGAAGAACGAAGAGCAUUCCAUACAACCAGAGCUGGGUGUUACCGAUUUAUCUUUUUGGCCAGGGAUGGAGGGCACCAUUGUCAAACGCACUGCUUAUACCGACUAUGGCUGCCCACCACAGAGUACUGUAACACUCCCUGUCUACAUGACGACAACGAGAGAAGUGUGUAGAGAUAACUCUGUGACAGUGACAGUGUACCAGACCAUAAUCUCAGGACCUUGUAGAUGUGAUACCUGCUCCUACUCACCCUCCAGCAACUCUUGUACUUGUUUGCCUGUUGCUAAUUGUGGGUCGGAGGUCCUGUAGUAGAUAAAACAGCGUAGGAAGGGAUAAGAAAACACGCGAAGACCUUUUCGCUAUAUUGCUUUUUCUAGUCUUGUUGAAGCAUUAUAGGAAAAAAUUCCUACAAUAAUAUUCGUAUUUUUCUCGUGUUUUUAUUCCCUUGUUUUAUUUGCAUCUUGUUCAUCAAAAAUCCUGCACUCAGAGCACAUGUAAAGGCCCUAUGAAACGAGAGCAAUUAUCGUGUACUUUGCAGAUUAGUGCAUGUCGACGAAAAUGUCCGGCGAGCCACUUAAUCUACCCUAUACAAAUGUAGAAAGGUAGAAAUAUGCUGUUCAUUCAAAAUACAGUUAACUAUAAUAUUACAACUACAAGCACACGUUGGUCCUCAAACAAUCAUUUUAAUCAUAAUAAAUGGUAAUAACAUGGAAGUCAGUGAUUAUCGCCCAUCUGCCCAGGCCUAGGCGUGCUGUCCAGGCGCAAAGGGAACGAGACUUGCCCAUUCUUGCUUAGUUUUGGCGGACAGUGAAGAUCCAGAGUCGAGACUUGUUAAAUGAAAUUUCUUUUGUAGAUUGUGGAAAGUACACGAAAUUUUGCACUCUUGUGAUAAUCCGCUGAAUGUAAAUCUUGUAGUUUGGUUUUAAAUAAUAUCCUUAACAUACCAUGGUUGUGUUUUAUGUUAUUUUAUACAAGCAGACUGUAUGGCCUUUCAUUUCAUGGUGUUACUUUUCAUAAUAGGAUUCUUGGACAGCUAAUUUAGCUUUUAGGCUUCUGUAAUGCUACUGUUAUUGAUGUUAUCACUAUUGAUGUUUUCAUGUAACCAAUAAAUUUUAGAUGAACA